AUGGAUUUACGCACCACCAUCCAGUCCACCUUGUCACCCGAGGCCACCCUCCGUUCCCAGGCUGAGGCUGCUCUCAAAGCUGCUGAGCAGCAUCCCGGCUUCAUUGGAGCCCUGCUUGAUGUCCUUCAAUCGGAGCAAGACCCUGGGAUCCGGCUUUCGUGCUCCAUCUACCUCAAGAAUCGAAUAUCGCGAGGUUGGCCGACCGAGAACACGCCUCAUCAACCAGUCUCCGAACCCGAACGAAAGCCUUUCAGAGACCGCCUUCUCCCCGUCCUGUCGACCUCUCCUCCUCUCAUCCGAGCACAAUUGAUCCCCAUUUUGCAGACUAUUCUGCAGUGUGACUUCCCUGCAAAAUGGCCCGAGCUGAUGGACAUUACCCUCGGGCUGAUGAACACUCAAGAUGCCAAUUCAGUAUAUGCAGGGCUACAAUGUUUACUGGCCGUCUGCCGCACGUAUCGCUUCCGUGCUGGAGAAGAGAGGGCGAACUUGGACAAGGUCGUCAAUGUGGCUUUCCCCACCUUGUUGGGCAUCGGGAACAAACUGGUUCAUGAGACCAGCCCGGAAGCGGGCGAGAUGCUCAGGAUAUGCGUCAAAUGCUACAAGCAUGCCGUCUAUUAUGGUCUUCCGCAGCCCCUUCAGUCACAUCAGGCAACGGUGGAUUGGUGCACGUUGUUCCUGACCAUCAUCUCCACCGCCACCCCUGAGUAUGCAAUGGCUGAGGAGCCCGAGGAUCGGGAGCGCAACCACUGGUGUAAGGCACGGAAGUGGUCGUACGCAAACCUGAACAGGCUUUUCGUCAGAUAUGGAAAUCCUUCCGGGAUCUCCUCCAGCCAGGAGAAAGAGUAUGGGGAAUUCUCCAGAAAUUUCAUCACGAAUUUCGCACCCGAAAUCCUAAAGGGCUAUUUGGGGGAAAUCGAGAAAUGGGUCGGCGGAAACCACUGGCUUAGCAAGCCUUCUUUGUCGUAUACCCUGAUCUUUUUGGAAGAAUGUAUAAAACCCAAAGCAAUGUGGGACAAGCUCAAGCCACACAUGGACAGCCUGAUCAAGCACUUGGUCUUUCCUGUCCUUUGCCAAUCUGACGAAGACAUGGAACUGUUUACUGAGAACCCCCCGGACUAUCUGCACCGCAAACUCAAUCUUUUUGAGGAAGUCUCUGCGCCAGAUAUGGCCGCCACCAAUUUCUUGAUUGCGUUGACCAAAUCUCGCAAACAGCAGACAUACCUUAUCCUUUCAUAUGUCAACGAAGUGGUCACACGCUACGAAUCUGCGCCUGACGACCAAAAGAACCCUCGGGAGAAGGACGGCGCUUUGCGGAUGAUUGGCUCGCUUGCAUCCGUCAUAUUGGGCAAAAAGAGUCCAAUUGCCGAUCAGGUUGAAUACUUUUUUGUACGACAUGUAUUGCCGGAAUUCAGGUCUCCACAUGGGUUCCUCCGAGCAAGGGCCUGUGAGACCAUGGAAAAGUUUGAACAGCUGGACUUCAAAGACCCAAACAAUCUCAUGAUUAUCUAUCGAAACAUACUCGAGUCUAUGGCCGACCCGGAAUUGCCAGUCAGAGUCAUGGCUUCUCUGGCUCUGCAGCCGCUUAUUAGGCAUGAUGCCGUUCGCUUAGCAAUGCAGUCCAACAUACCUCAGAUCAUGCACCAACUCCUGAAGUUGAUGAAUGAAGUCGACGUUGACGCGCUGUCCAAUGUCAUGGAGGACUUUGUGGAAGUGUUUGCAGAACAGCUCACGCCUUUCGCGAUCGCAUUGAGCGAAAAUCUCAGAGACACUUACCUUCGAAUCGUCAAGGAAAUUCUGGAGCGCAAUGAGGCAAAGGCAGCAGAAAGUGGUGAUGGGCCUGGAUACGGUGACUAUCUUGACGACAAGGCCAUUGCGGCCUUGGGUGUCCUGCAGACGAUUGGUACUCUGAUCCUUACGCUCGAAGCAACGCCAGAUGUCCUUCUUCUUCUAGAAACGAUCCUCAUGCCAGUCAUUACCAUCACACUGGAGAACAAAUUGUACGAUCUGUACAAUGAAGUCUUUGAGAUCAUUGACUCGUGUACCUUUGCAUCGAAAUCGAUAUCGGACACGAUGUGGCAGGCAUUUGAACUGAUGCACAAGACCUUUAAGGACGGUGCAGAACUGUACCUUGAAGACAUGCUUCCAGCGCUGGACAACUUUGUUUCAUACGGCCAGCAGAGGCUGAUCGAUCACCCUCCUUAUCUGGCAGCCAUUGCAGGUAUGGCACGAGACAUCUUUACUGACCCCAAAGUCGGAGGCGUCGAUCGUAUAUGUGGGUGCAAGCUGGCGGAGGCACUGAUGUUGAACCUCAGGGGUGGUCCGAUCGACAGCUACAUUCCAACCUUUGUGAGCCUCCCCAUGGACGUCUUGACAGGCCCGAACCAGAAAACGAUCAUGAAGAGCUACAAGAUCCACCUGGUUGAAAUGGUCAUCAACGGCAUUUACUACAACCCCAUCCUUGCGCUGCAAGUCCUCGAGUCGCAUGGCUGGACGAACAAGUUCUUUUCGAUCUGGUUCGGCAGCAUUGACUCGUUCCGCCGCGUUCACGACAAGAAACUGUGUAUUGCCGCCAUCUCGGCCCUCCUCACCAUCCGGGCCGAUCAAGUUCCCCAGUCUGUACAGACUGGCUGGCCACGCCUUCUCACGGGAGCAACGUAUCUCUUCCGUACCCUCCCUGCCGCCCUGAAGCAGCGCGAAGAAGCAGUCAAAGCCUCGGACGGCGUCUCGGACACGCUUUCCGAGUAUGCCUCGGAUGACGACGCCGAGGACUGGGCGGAGGAGCCAGCUGGCGAAGGAGCCCCGGCAGGAGAAUGGGGCAAUGUCAAUGCUGCUUCUUUGCCCGACACCAAGGGCGACAUCAAGGACGAGUCGCAGGCAUACUUGGACUUCCUUAGCGAGGAGGCCAAGAAGUUCGGUGCACUGGCUGAUGAUGAUGACGACAGUAUACUCGACGAAGGCAGUCUGCUCGAGAGCCCGCUGGACAAGUUCGACCCGUACGCUGCGUUUAGGGAGGCGCUGGGCAAACUGCAGGCUGAACAGCCUCAGUUGUAUCAGAACUUGACCGCGAUUCUAGACCCCGCUGACCGCGACGUGCUGCAGGGGGUUGUCAACUACGCAGCCGAACAGGCGCAGGUGUCGGGUUGA